GAAAAAGAAAAAGGAGCACGUGACAAUAAAAUAAUUUAAUAUAAGUAGCUGGAAAUUGGAUCUACAAUUUCGGGCAUAAUGUUGGACCGAACAUCGUAUCUUAAGCUCAGUGAAAACACUGAGGGAUUAUUUCUUGCAAUCAAGUAAUUUCAAAGGAUCUCUGAUUUUGGCUUCAUUUUCCAUUCCAGUAAAAGUAUGGCUUCCCAAGACAUAGAACUGACCAUAGGUGAUGAACAGAAAAACCUAUUUACAGGGGAACCUCAUCGAGCUGGUUUAGUGUACAAUGGAACCGAUGCAAAUGACAUCGAAGACAAACAUGCGACGAAUUCAGAGGGGACCAAAACAGAUGGGACGUUACAUGCACUAAGUGCACUAUAUGCUCAAAUUAUAGUAGUCGUGGCAGCGAUUUUAGUUUUUACAGAGCUGUUACAUGGACCGGUUCCUUUAUUCUUUUUUCAUGGAUAUCUUUUUACGUACCUUGUUGGUGGAGCGAUUCUGUGUUUCAUUGGGGCAUAUGUGAAUAUGUUAACGAGCAAAUUGCCACGUUGGGCUAACAAGAACUAUGACGGAAGGAAUGAAAAGUCUUUGUUUUCAACGCAUUUCAUGAAAAAUUUAUUUUUUGCUGACAUUAGUAUAUAUCUCAGAAUCGGAUCCGUUGUUUUCGGCUUGGGAACUCUCAUAUCUAGUGGAUUAGAAGUUGCAUCUGUGUUUACUGUACCUAGUGAAUGCAUGGACGAAUUAAAUUUGCUGCAGCCGGUAUUGCGAGGGCUAUUCAGUUUUCUUCAGAUGCAUUUUCUUUUCAUGAAUACCAAAGACAUGGUCAAUUCAUUUCGUUGGUUUCGUCAUACAGCUUUAAUGCAUUUAGUGGCAACCAAUUUAGCUAUUUGGAUACGAAUUAUGCUGUGGGAGAGUGCCAGGGACUGGCUUGAUGCAAUCCACUACAAGCACAAUUCAAGCACAGAAUGGUACCAAGCCAGCUUUAAUAUCAGCAUGCAUACAUUGGAAUCGGACACCAAUUCUUUAGACACCGCUAAGCAUAAACCAUACCACAGGAUUUAUGUUACAAGUUAUCCCCGUAAGUGUACUUGGGAUACUGAUCCAAUAAAAGAAGAUACCGAAGGACUUGUUGCAUUUCAUCUCUGUAUGCAAAAUUCAACAAUAGGAGCAAUAUGGGAGAAAGCUAUGCCUUAUCUGUAUCCAUUCAUUGUACAAUAUUGCUUAGUUGCUGCAGCUGUGAUUUAUAUCACUUGGUCUAACCUCUACUCUCAUCGAACGAAGCUGCAGCGUGUGACUGCAGUUUCUGUGUAUGGCAAAGACACAAGUCAGGAUGAAGUAAACUGCGGUGGGUCCACUAGAGGUUUAUUUUUAGGACUGCUAGUUCUUGUAGCAGGUAUAAUUGCGAUAAUCCUAUUCUUUGUUUUGGCUCAAGAUAAGGAUUUCAGCGUGCUUUUCAUGAUAGGAGUGCUAGAAUGCGGUAUUUUUGGCCUAGCAACUUUGGCUACUAUAAUUGGUCUUCUGCAGAUCAGAAAAAUGAAAAGUAAAACCUCAAAGCAACGGAGAUUGUCAGAUUUGCUUCAAAGAAUUGGAAUGCUGGCCGUAUAUGUGUAUGGUAUUUGCAACAUGAUUGUUGGUGGUACUAUGAUAAGUAGUCCGCAACAUUUCUUGCUCUUUUUAGAAGGGACAUUCAUGGUUAUUCAUGCUUGUCUGCAGUCCCUUUUCAUUCACCAAGUGUCGAAAAAACGAUUAAGUCCUUUAAAUGUUGAUGAAAAACCUGGUCGUCAAGCAGUAAUUUUUCUCGUUUUUUGUAACAUAAUACUUUGGAUUCUGGAAUCAUUUACAACUCAAAAGCAAACAAGAAGUCAGCUACAGUUGCAGUUCUACGGUAAUGUCGUUUGGCCAGUAAUUUCAAGAAUAUUUUUGCCUUUUGUUAUAUUUUACAGAUUUCAUUCCGCAGUAGCUUUACUGGAAGCUUGGAGAAAAUCAUACAAAGUGAAGCAAAAUUGAACUUCUUUGCUCUUCUCAUGCCUUACUAGUUGAUGCUUAUUAGAUAAAUCUUAGAAUAACAUAUUUUUUUCCUUUUCCAUGUAAAGACAUUAUGAGUUUACGUUUCUUUAAGUUUUGAAAUUAAAAAAAUUAAUUCAUUUUUUUCAUCACGAUAAUUUCAAUGUUGCACAAAGUUUUAUUGUACACAAAUGUUGAAUGUUUACGAUUUUAAUGCUGGAAGUUUUAAAUAAAAUAUAUUCAUAAAUAAAUGG